CUUUAUUUUUCAGCACUAUCAAUAAAUUGGUCAUCUUUAAUCAAAAUACUGAAACUAGCCGCAAUAUUGUACUACCAUACACGAAAAAUAGUUCGAAGACAUCUAUGAUCAAAAACACUUAAAACCCACCCAUUCCUUCUACUAUUAACGGUCAUAUUUUGUAAUUGCAUAGCAUAAACCUUACUCUUUCAUUAGAAAAACUAGCAUGCCACCAGUCAGACUGCAAGAUUGCAUGAAUGAAUUGUUUUAUAUUUUACACACAGUUCCGGUUAUUACCUUGAAGAAAAUAAGCAUAAAUAUUGAGACAGGACCACGUUAAUUAAUUUUAUUCACUUAGGUUCUCCCCUACUGCUUACAACUUACUACAUCUUAAGAUCAUAAUUAACAUAGAUGUAUUGAAGCUAAUUAAGAAUAAGUACGUUUAUCUUAAUAGAAUGAAGCUUCCAAUAAGUUCGAAAGUGUUUCAAACAAAUACAAUGGGUGAUAGAAGAUUCCUAGUUGCCAAGGCAGUAACUGUGAUCAGACAAGCGUUUAUUUUUAGCGAGCACUAAUUUUAAGCAUAAGGAGAGACAUCGACAUGACGACCGCUCACACGGAACCCGCGAUCGAAUCAAGUGAACCAUAUUGGAGUCAUCGUUGGAGGGGCUUGACAGAAGGCUACCGCUUGUUCUGGAAUACAUCUUUAGACUCUGAUCAUGCUCUAAUACGAUCACGCAUGUGCUUGUACCUCACUGGACGAACGAAAACCACAUCAAAAAGACCUAUUAGAGUCGAACUCAGUGACGAGGAAAUCAAAAGUAGAUUCUAGGAACAACUAAGGUCACACUUAGGUAGUUCUGAAAACAAGGCUGACAUCAGACCUGGUUGUGGCUGCAUUGACUACACAUUCACCAUUCAUCAGAUUCUAGAACACAGGUAUACUUGUCAGCGUCCGACAAUGGUGGUCUUCCUUGACUCGUUUUUGCAACCUCAAGUGAUGUCCGUCAAGUCUGUCCACUUUCUCCAUUUUGUUUAGUUUCAUCAUAAACGUACUGAUGGAAAUAACGUUCUCAUCGACUGAAUUCUCGGGUAUUGAUCUCCUUCCAGGAGGUCCACUUAUCGACUUAGAAUACACAGAUGAUAUAGUCCUGUUUGGUGAAGACGCUGAUAAAAUGCAGAGUCGUUUGGUAGCACUAAGCAACAAUGCCAGGAUGUUUGGGAUGUGUUUCUCCCCUGAUAAAUGCAAGUUUUUGCUUCAGGACUGGUCUGCGUCAACAUCUGAACUAAGAAUAGGUAGUGAGACAGUCGAACGCGUUGACAACUUCACUUAACUUGGAAGUCCGAUCAGCCCUAAUGGGUUGGUGUCUGACGAAAUCUCAGCACGGAUUCGAUAAGCUCGCUUGGUUUUGCCAACUUACGUCACAUAUGGCGAAGGCGAGAUAUCCGUCUAUCAAUAAAAGGACGAGUAUACUGCGCGGCAGUCCGUUCUGUUUUAAUUUACGGCAGCGAAACAUGGCCAUUAAGAGUAGAAGACACUCGUAAGCUACUAGUAUUUGACCACAGAUGCCUUAGAAAUAUUGCUGGCGUCUGCUGGGAUCACCGGGUAAGUAGUAGUGAGGUUCGACGCAGGGUAUUAGGGAAUGAUGGUAAAUCAGUUGAUGAGGUUGUGAAUCUUCAUCGACUGAGUUGGUUGGGACUUUUUGACGUAUCGCUGAACACCGAUUACCAGAACGUGCAGUACUGACUAGUGUUGGGGAUGGUUGGAAGAGAAUCAGGGGUGGCCAAACCAAAACGUGGCAUCAGUGCUUGAAGACACUAACCUCUAGUCUGAGCCAUGUUGGUAGAUGUAGACUACUUGGUUGGGGUUCGCGUGACUAUCGUAACCAAUGGUUGGAGACUCUUGGUGACAUGGUUGAGAAUCGACCACAAUGGCGUCGGUGUAUACACCCCUUGUCUGUGCUUAAACGGUUAUUACAAAUGAAGCUGGUGCAUGUAUUGAUCAUUUAAAAUAAAUACAUUUCAUUCGCAGUUUAUAUAUAAUAAUAGUUUCAUGGAAUACAACAUUCAACUUGAUUAUACCCCUAUGCUUAUGAUAAACUGUAUGCAUUUUCAUGUAUACGUAUAUAUAAGUAAAUAAGUUAGAUGGCAAAUUGUCAAAUGUAACUCAGAAGAAUCUCUUAUCCAAAUAUUUUUCAUUUAUGGAAAAAUGAUGUUGACUAUCUUUGGGAUUUUAGUAAACUGUUGGAUUUGGGUUUCUUUUCAUAUACAAUCAUUAGAUGCAUCAUUUCUGCUUCAUCAUAACUUAAAAACUUCUUCGAUAGUUGAAGUGAAUUCACCAUCACCGCCUAUUUUACCGGAACGUUUUUACACUGAAUUUUCUAUUUACUAUACACCAAGAGAUGAUGAUCAAAUGCCUUUGCCACCAUGGCCACAAAUUAUUCCGCCACAAUUACCAUAUGCUGUUGGACGUGGUAUGACAUGGUAUGCUAAUGAUUUAAACAUUGCAAUUGAAUAUUAUGAAGAUUAUUGUGUACCAAUAUUUGAACCAACCAGUUAUUUUCCAUGUAUUCUGUUUAACUUCAAUCAUACAGCUUAUUUAAUUGCACCAGUUGAUUCAGGUUAUGGACCAUGUUGUGUAUAUCGUAAAUCAUUUGAUAUACCUAAGAGAAAUUUCAUGGAACAGUUUGCUAAAUAUUAUAAUGGUACAACUGAACAAUUGGGAUUGGAUUUAUUGAAUCAAACUAUUCAAUGGUGGGUUAUACCAUCUGAUAAUGAAAAUCAACAUAAAUAUUAUCUGAAGCAAAGAAAUAAAUCUUCAUUAACUAGUCAUUCAGUUUUCGGUGGUUAUGGAUGGACUGUUGAAAAAUCAAAAAAUCGUGUACCAGUUUGCUUUUGGUACGAAGGUAAUGUUGGCUGGACUCAACAGCUGUUUUUCAAUUUUGUUACUGACGGACCGAGAAUAUAUGAUCUGGAAGGAUUUCAACUACCAGAAAUAUGUAAAACUGAUAUAACUUGUAUUUUUAGACCAUGAAAUGUUUUUAGACAAAUAAUUUGUCUAGUUGAGUGAUAAAAUUUGUAUGAGUUUGACAUAAACAUGUCUCUAUUAGCCUAUUAAUCAUAUGUGGGUAUUAAGGACUAAAAGUCAUUUUGUUUCUUAACAGUUAAAACCAUCUUGACGUGUUAAUAUUUUUUAUUUGGAAUACUUUUCUCUUGUAUUUCUUCAGAAUGUAGUCAUUGUUUCAUUCUGUAUGGUGCAUUGCAGUACCAAUCAACUUUAUGUCACAAAUAAAUAAGAGUUCUAACAACGGAAGGUUGGAAUUAUCAUGCUUGACAUACAUUA